GCUAUCUGUCAGAAAAAAACAUCCCGAGCACACAGGUCCGCUACAUUAUAACACCGCGGCGCUGUGAUCCUUGUUUUCGGGGUUUGGAGCCCCUCCGGACACGCAGAGAGAACAUGCCCAGACAGAGGUAACCGUUCCCGGGCUGCUGCUGCCUCCUCAGCCGGCUGAAGGACCAGGAGCAGAACCACAGAUGGAGAGGCCGAGUAGACUGCUGCUUGUAUCCGAGCUGCGCGUCAGAAACUCGGCGUACGAUGUGAGCUUGAGUCGGUCCCUGCUCACCUGGAAGAGACGGACUUCCAGUCCGGUUUACCACCCGUUCAGACCCAGUUUUUGUGUUCCUUCGUUCCCUCGUCGUCAAGCCUCAGGUGUGUGUCACAGUUCUGUGUCAGAGAUCAUCUCCGUCAGAGAGGAAGAGGGAGGAGAACGGCUGCAAAGACGAUGCAGCUGGAAGAAAAUCAAUGAGAGAGAAGGAAAGGACUGCAGGCAGGCCUUCACCGUGCGUGUACGUGGAGAGCGGUGUCAGCAGCAUCGCUGUGGCAGGUGUGCUGAAGUGUCCUUCACGUGUCCGGAGGCAGCGCUUUGUUCCAGCAGACCCAAACAGCUGCUGGUCUACAUCAACCCGUACAGCGGGAAGCAACACGGGAAAAAAAUCUACGAGCAGAAGGUCGCCCCGCUGUUCGCCCUGGCCGGCGUCACCACGCACGUUAUCGGUACGCAUCAUCCUGAUUAUGCAAGAGACCACCUGAGGACGGAGGCGGAGCUGAAGAAGUUUGAUGGGGUGGUGUGUGUCGGGGGGGACGGCAUGUUCAGCGAGAUCAACCACGGGCUGAUCUGGAGGUCGCAGAUCGACGGCGGCGUGGAUCCAAACUGUGCCGACGAAUCCCUGCUCCCCAGCUCGCUGCGCAUCGGCAUCAUUCCUGCAGGUUCGACAGACUGCAUCUGCUUCGCCACUGUGGGCAGCAAUGACCCUGUGACCUCUGCGCUGCACAUCAUCGUGGGAGACUCUCAGCCGAUGGACGUGUGCUCGGUUCACCACAACAACACCUUCCUGCGGUACUCUGUCUCGCUGCUUGGAUACGGUUUCUACGGCGACGUGCUAACUGACAGCGAGAGGAAGAGAUGGAUGGGACCGGCGAGAUACGACCUCUCAGGUGUGAAGAUGUUCCUGACUCAUCAUUACUACGAAGGCACGGUGUCCUACCUGCCGGCCAGAGGCAUCAUGGGAACUCCAAGGGACGCUAGCAGGUGUCGAUCCGGAUGUGUAAUUUGUCAGCACAACGGGAGGCUAAUUUCCAAGAAAGCUGAGAGGUAUCAAAUGGAUGAAGAAACGGACCGCGAAGGUGAAGGCGAGUGGAAGACGAUCCGUGGGAAGUUUCUGGCGAUAAACGCUGCCAGUAUGAGCUGUGCGUGUCCUCGCAGCCCCAAAGGACUCUCGCCUGCCGCUCACCUGGCCGACGGCACCACCGACCUCAUCCUGGUGCGGAAAUGUUCCCGCUUCGACUUCCUCAGACACCUCCUACGACACACCAGCAAAGACGACCAGUUUGACCUGAACUUUGUUGAGGUCCACCGGGUACGGCGUUUCUGCUUCACCCCCCGUCACUGCCAGAGCGACUCGGACCUGGACCUGCGGGAGAACGGGAAGCACCAGAUCUUCGGCCAGAUCUGCAGAAACCACCCGGCCUGCGGCUGUGCGCCGGCCUACAGCAGCUGGAACUGCGACGGCGAAAUCCUGACACACACGGCCAUCGAUGUCAGAGUGCACAGCAACUUGAUCAAGCUGUUUGCACGAGGGAUCGAGGAGCCGACUGUGUUUGACGAUCUGACCAACCCUUGUGCAAUAUGAGCCCCGUCAGCACCUGUCAGACACUGGACUCCACUUCCUGUUUCCAGCCCUCGUAUCAUGUGACACUUCAGAAUUCAACGACUCAGCAAAGAGUUGGUCUGUUACUCGACAAAAAAAGAAAUGAGGGAAGGAGAAACGUUACUUUCUGAAAGGUCAAAGAUUCCUCACAGACAGGAAGUGAAGUGUAGUUUCCUUAAAAUGCCAAGACCAGCUUUAAAUAUUUUCUCUGAACACUAGCAGCUGAUUUAGAGUAAGGUUGAAUGGCUGCCGGGUGUCUGGCCCCUGGUUUAUUUUCAGUGCUGCCUUGUUAUGAUAUAUUUUCAUAGUAAUCCUCUGAUUGUGACUUAGUUUUGUUACCCUAAGUGUUUCUCUGUGUAACUUUUAGAGCGGGCUAAAAUACCUCCGACUUCUUGUGGGCCACAUUAACUUAAACUCAUCCUUGUACUUUGAGCGUUUUGACUCUGACUCGUCUAACUGUUGAGGUCUUUAAGGCUGCAACUAAAUAAUAAUUGUCAUUAUCCAUUAUUCUGCUGGUUAUUUUCUAGAUUUGUUGAUUGAUCACUCAGAACAUUUGUGAAAAAUGCCUUUGCAGUUUCUCAAAAAGUCUUCAAAGUCUUGUAUUGUCAGUAAACAACCCAAAGAUAUUCACUACAACCUAAAACAGAGGAAAAACUCAAUUUCUAAGAGGCCGGAAAUGGCAUUUUCUGACAUUAUCGCACUAAGAAAUUACCUACUUAUAAAUGGAUGAAUCGACUUUCUAAAUAUAUAUUUCGUAUGGACUUUUCUUAAUUGUCUGAGUCAACUCAUAUUUGAUUUUGGCUUUGACUUGAUUACAGAACUGCUGACAGUUAGACACUUCAUAUAGACUCAAGUUGCUCAUUGUUGUUUUUUCUUUUGACUUGUUUUGUUUGUGGCCCCGUCUGAAUCUCCUCUUUUAAUACCCUAAAUAAGACUGCAAACUCCUUAGACUCAAAUACUCUGUUGACUUAUAUCUAUAUUUAAUCAAAUCAAACUAUUGAAAUCUGAUAUAGAGGUGUUUUUUUCUAUUAUCCCAGAGUUUUUUUUAUUGAGCUUAUUUGAAGUUGUUACAGAAAUAUAUUAGCUUUUUUUGCACAUUUACAUUUCAUUUGAAGUGAUGCUGGAUUUGGAAAUAUCUCUUACAUGUUUUAUGGACGCCAGACACCCGCCGGUCAUGUGAUCAUUCGGGGUCAGAGGUUGAUUCACAUUCUUGAAAAGUAGAAAGUAAAUCCCCUUCACAUGGUCAGUACGUGUGGGGGUAAUAAAUGCUGAGAGGGGAUUUAUUCCUCAGUUAUGAGAAGAUAACUUCCACGUCAUGCUUCUCGAACAGAGCCAAUAGAUUUUCCUCCAGUCCGAAACUGAACUCAAUCGUACUAUAAAAUGGUAUUUUUGCAUACUUAAACUCCCAGCAAUUUAGAAACCCUGAUUUAGUCAACCUGGUCGUGGCUGAGAAAGCUGAACAGUGCACUCAAGUGUUUUCAAUCUUCCCUUUCUGCUCGAUAUGCAAUGAAGCGUAGUAAACACAGGAAAGACCUGCUUUAACAAUAUUUCACUCAAACUGUCUUCAAGUCAGCUGGACAUGUAGCUUCAAUCUAUUCUCGGUGCAACAUGAUGUUUUAAAUGUACUCUGUCAGGUUUAUUUUGUUUUGUAAAACCUCAAGUUAGUCAUCUGAAUCUUCCACAAAAAUCACUUAUCUUUUCACCCAAAAAUCUUAAUAAUCAAUGUUAUUGCAUUAGUGGAAGAUUCAGAUUAUUGAUUUAAGGUUUUGUGAAUUCUGGUUUUGUUGAAGAAAGACAAUUGUAAAGUCCAGUGUUGAUAUUCCACCAUCUGCUCACGAAAAACCUGAUCAAAGAACGUUUCGAUUUUUGAUCAGACGUUAACAGCAGACGGCUCUUAGCAUUAGCCUGAUGUUGACUGCCUCUGUAAUGUUAAAAUACAUACAUUAUGAUCUUUACUUAUAUUAUUCAUUAUGAAGUUGCAUUUUCUUCCCAAUAAGCCUCAGGACCGUCAUGUCCCUUUCGUCCACACAGAUCAUGAUAAAAAUACAUGUUCUCAUUCCUGCGUUCAAGAGGAUGAUCCCUUUUUAGAUUUGUAUGAUCCCAUGACCUUUCCUUAAGCCCCACCCUGAGGACAGAUGGUCCAUUUCAGACCUUUUUGGACAAACACUUUAUGCCAAUGUGUUAUUGUCACCAGCUAUGUGUACCUUUCAGAGGGGCAAAUCAUACCAGCAUACUUUCAUGUUCGAAUACAUAGAGGUUGGCCAUUUAUAGCUCCACUAAAAGCUCUAGACCACCAGGAUGUUGUUAAUAAAAGUUGCAACUUGGAGGGAAGAUUGUAAUUUAAAAAUAAAAUAAAUCAAUUUAAAACUGACCGAGUUCAAGAUGGAUUAAAUGGAAACGAUUUAGACUUUGACUGGACAGAAAGUGGAGUAUCAGCACUGGACUGUCGGACUGUAGACGCUGUUUGCUUGUUUUUUGUGUUUCUUCUUGUGUUGUUGGCAAGCAAUCCUGUUUCCUCUCUGCUGAUGUCGAGCUGGACUCAAACUGAUGGAGGAGGGAACCGUAGCAGCAGCCAAUCAGCUCUCUCUCUCUCAAACCUCACAAUCUGACCAAAUACCAGCCGGGGUUUAAACAUGUAGCUGUCUGCUCAUGACAAUUUCAGCUCAGCCUAGAGGUCUUCACAGGUCCAACACCUUGGAUCCAAUGAAAAAAGUAAACUACCAAAACCCUGCCUUCAUGCAUUCAUUCUCAAGCAACAACAGGCUGGAUUUAAAGGGGACCAUCAGAACUUAUCUGAUAAAACCUAGAGGAUAUUAAGAGGGCGUAACGAGAAUACAACCGGGCUCUGAUUAGACCGAUUACAAUGUUAGCGAGAACCGAGAGGACCUGUGAAGACCUUUAGCUGCGCCACCAUGUUGGUUUAUCUCCUAACGUUGUAUUGAUGUACAAUCAGAGUCUGAAUGUUUGCUGUAAAACCUCCAAACAACAAACCAAAUGUACAAACAGAGGUCGACUGAUGACAGAUAACUGAGGAGGAUACAAUUAUGUAUCAACAUUUUGCGGGCUGUUAUUAUAAAUUCAAUGUGUUUGUGCUUCAGUAUUAUAUAGUGCAAACCUGAAACUGACAGCAUGUUUUCUCUAAAUAUUUGGCAGGUAGCGACUGUAGCUGAUGAGCUAAGCGCUAACAUGCUACUUUGCCAGGAACAUGCCCGAGCCAGCUAUGAUAGCCACAUAGCUAGCUCAGAUGCUAACAGAUCUGGCUAGGCUUACGACUAGCCAAUGUCGCGUUACAAACCAUACUGACCGAAAACAAAGAACUGACAUGGAUAAGAAGAUAAAGUUAGUUUGUUGUUCCAGUGCAACGUUAGCAUGACGCAGCAAAACCUCUAGGAAGAGCAUCAGUCUCAAAGACAAUUGUUUUCUCCAAAUCUACUGGGCCCAACCAAUCCAAAAGAAACUCAUAAACUGCCCUUUCUAUAAAUAUUUAGCUGUAUAGAAUUCGUAAUGAGAUUUGUGUGAGCGCGGUUGAAAUUAACGCUAGCACCCAUUGCAUGCAGUUGAGCCGUUUUGAAUUGAAUGCACCUGUUAGCUACUUUAUUUUAGUUGACACAUCUAAACUAUCGGCUCAGAUUUACACAUUGUCAAUGUUUUUAAAUGGAGAGACAUUACUAAAAAAAUAACUUUAUAUCGCGCUUCCCAGAGGUAGCUCAGAGCUAAAGAUGUAAUGGAACAUUGCUAGAGUUUUUCAGGUAUGUUGCCAUGUAGGAUUAAGGAUUAGCACUGCAAAAAGCGAUUAUUUAGCAUGAAUUAAUCUUCAUGAUCUUUCUGAUUUGUUAUCUCUAAACAUUUCAAAAUCAACUUUAAUGUACAUCUUUUAGUUCCCGUCGUUAAAGUGAUUACAAACUAUUGACAUUAAAAGUUUUUCUCUUGGUGAAGCUUUAGUUUCUCCCAAUUUAAACCCCCUCUAAUUUACAGGUGAUGUUUCUUUUUUAAUCAACACUGUAGUUUAAUCCGAUGCUGAAAACUAGUUUUAUCUAGUGAAUCAGUCGACCUCAAAAAACUGUAAUCUGAGCUGUACCUGAUCUUUACCUUCUGCUGUAGCUGUUUCAAUUUUCAGGAAUAAAAAACAUAUUCAAUUA